GCUGCGGUGACACGGUGCCGCACUGAGUGAAGAUUGCGUUCAUAAUCACUUAUCGGGGGUGGAGUGGGGAAAGGAGAGUCAGGAAGUGAGGAUGUUUAUAUUAUUUGACAUAUUAUUUGAUAGCAUGUCAACUUUUGUGUGUGUGUGUGUGUGUGUGUGUGUGGGUGUUGGAUCAGUGACAGGUGGCGCUGGGGAGCUACCACGGCGAGCGGCUGGCUGGCUGCAGUGUUUUGGUCAGCACUGGUCAAUCUUGCCCUACACGCUCUAUUAACCAGUGUUUCCGUCUUCCCGACACCUUCUUCCUGCACCAAGCACCGUCAAGCAUCACCAGAGAGGCACGAGUACGUAAGCUAUCCAACAUCAGAACAGUAUAUGAAUAUCGCAAAUGCUGUUUUGACAUCAUUUCCUGCCAUCCUGAGAAACAGUGAUCUCGAGGAGCAUGAAUUGCAGCUGCAAUGGAAAUUGCGCAUCCAGCGCAAGUUUCAGAAUUCAAGAAAGAGGCAGGAUUCCUCAGUGACUGAGGUGACGUCAAGGAAAAAGAAGAUCCCUUGCAUAGCGCCAAAAGAGACUACAUGUCCACUGAUGUAUGGAGUAAAGGCUUACCUUCCACCAAGGCCCCAUUCAGAAGAUGAUGAGUCAUUAGAGAGACAUAGACAGUGGCUUGCUCUACAUUGGAUGAAGAAAGAUCCCGAGUUAGAUAAGAUAAUCAAGGAGUUCUUGAGAUUAGAACCACAAGCGGAUGAACCAGACCCAAGAGUAGCAGUUUUGAAAGGGCUGGAGAAAUAUAGGCUCCCAAUAAUUGCCAUUCUCAAAAAAAGAAAAGCAGUUCCUCUGUAUAUGGAAACCUUACUUGAAGCUAAAUCCCCACGAUGAAAGUCAAUGUGAGUAAUGUCUAGUUCAAUUUGUUCAUUUCAGUAGCUGGUACCAAUUUAAUAUAUGUAUCUU